AUUUUUAUAAAUCUUUUCCUUCUUUUUUUCUUUUUCUUUUUUCUUUAGAAAAGAUAUUUUUUUUUCUUCCCUUUUAACUUACAUUAUGUCCCAUCAGGCACGUAUUAAUACUGUGGUUGAGUCUCUUACUAAGACUCCUCGUUUUGUUGAGUUCCCUCAAAAGAAUGGUCAAAAUCAACCUAUUUCUGAGGUGUUUGGUAAAAAUGUCUUUACACGUACAGAAAUGUCCAAGAUGUUGCCUAAACCUGUUUAUAAGAGAUUUAUUGAAACCUUGAAGGGUAAGAAUACGAUUGAUAAGGUCACUGCUGAUGCUAUUGCCCAUGCUGCUAAGGUUUGGGCCAUUGAACGUGGCGCUACCCAUUUUACUCAUUGGUUCCAACCUUUAAAUGAUUCUACUGCUGAAAAGCAUGAUUCUUUCUUAACUUUGAAGUCUAACUUUAUUGAAGGUUCUGAAGUUGUUACUGCUAUAGAUACUUUCUCCGGCUCUCAAUUAUUACAAUCUGAACCUGAUGCUUCUUCUUUCCCCUCUGGUGGUAUGCGUACCACAUUUGAAGCUCGUGGUUAUACUGUUUGGGAUACAAAGAGUCCUAUGUUCAUUCAAGAAGGUCCUCACGGCACUUAUAUUUUAUAUAUUCCUUCAGUCUUUAUCUCUUAUAAUGGUGAAGCUUUAGAUGAAAAAUCCGUUCUUUUAAGAUCCUCAGAAGCUUUAGAAAGAGUUGCCUUAGAAGUUCUUAAUGUUAUUGAACCUAAAGAUUGUGAAAAACGUUCUGAACUUGUUUAUACUACACUUGGUACUGAACAAGAAUAUUUCUUAAUUGAUCGUGGCCUCUAUACCCUCCGUCCUGAUCUUAAAAUCACAGGCCGUACUUUGAUUGGUGGCCUUCCUCCUCGUCAUCAACAACUCGAAGACCACUACUUUGGUAAGAUCCCUACUCGUGUUCUCUCUGCUAUUAGUGAAUGUGAACUUGAAUUAGCCAAGUUGGGUGUCCCCAUCAAGACUCGUCAUAAUGAAGUCGCCCCUGCCCAAUUUGAAGUUGCUCCUAUCUUUGAGGAAGCUCUCUUAGCUGUCGAUCAUAACUUAUUGACAAUGGAUGUCCUUCAUCGUGUUGCUCAUCGUCAUAAACUUAAAGUCCUUUUCCAUGAAAAACCCUUCCGUGGUGUGAAUGGCUCUGGUAAACAUUGUAACUGGAGUAUGUCAACUGAUAAGGGUGAGAACCUUUUGGAACCCUCUAGCAACCCUGAAACUAACUACCGUUUCUUGAUCUUCUUGGUUGCUACCUUAAAGGCUGUCCAUGAUCAUGGCGAUCUUCUUCGUGCUGGUGUUGCCUCUGCUUCUAAUGAUCACCGUCUUGGUGCUCAAGAAGCUCCUCCAGGAAUCAUCUCUGUCUUCUUGGGUUCUCAAUUGACAGAAGUCUUGAAUGCAAUUGAAGAAGAUCGUCCUGUCAAUUAUGGUGCUGCUGGUCUUGAAUUCCAACACGUUCGUGUUAAGGGUACUGUCUUGGAUCUUAAGGUAGCUAACUUGCCUCCUAUCUCUCGUGAUUUGACAGAUCGUAAUCGUACCUCUCCUUUCGCCUUCACUGGUAAUAAGUUCGAAUUCCGUGCUGUCGGUUCUAAGCAAUCACCUUCUUUCCCCAUGACUUUGCUCAACUCUGCUGUUGCCAAGGCAUUAACCGAGGUCCUUGCUGAUUUGAAGGAAGCUAAAGGUGAUAAGCCUGUCGCUUCCGUUGAGGAUCAACUUAAGGUAAUUCGUAAAUACAUCAAGUUGACCAAGAAUAUUCGUUAUGAAGGUGACAACUAUUCAGAUGUCUGGGUUCAAGAAGCCGCUAAACGUGGUUUGCCCAAUAUCACCAAGAGUCCCGCUGCCUUUGCUCGUCUCUUGAGAGAUGAAAAUGCCAAUAUGUUGAAGGAAAUGGGUGUUUUCUCUGAAGCUGAAUUAAACUCUCGUUAUCAUAUCUUGAUUGAAAAAUAUGCCAAGGAUGUUAUUAUCGAAGCUCAAACAAUGAUUACUAUGGUCAUUCAACAAGUCUUACCUGCUGCUUUUGAAUACAGACGUAGUUUGGCUGAAGCCGCUAACUUUAUGAAAAACAUUGGUGUUGAAUCCAGUCCUGAAGUCGAUUUGUUGAAUGAAUUAACACCUAUCGUUGCCACUCUUCAAAAGGACAUUACCGCUCUUAAAUACUUUAUGGUUGAUCUUAACAAGGUGGAUGAUGUAGUUGAAUUAUGUAAUGCUUGUUGUGAUGAAGUUAUUCCCAAGAUGGAAGCUAUCCGUGAAUUAGCUGACAAAUUAGAACGUAAUGUUUCUGACAAGUUAUGGCCUUUACCCAAGUAUACUGAAUUGUUCUUGAACAUUUAAGUUUAAUUAUUGUUUUGUAUUUUAUUAUUUUCAUUUUUUUUUUCUUUUUUCAUACUUUUAAAGGAAAAAAAAAGGGAUAUUGAAUUGUAUUAUAAUUUGAAAUACCUUUUUUUUGUACAAUAACAUUAUCAUUUUAUGUAUUUUCUUUUGUGAAUAAUAUUAAUAAUAAUAAUAAAAAGGGAAUUCCUUAUAAA